ACCGCGGUGACAUUCUGCCGCGGGCAGGCCAGAGCCUCGGGUGAGAAAGACAGGGCACCGUGCAGAAGCCAUCGCCCCCUGCAGAGCCGCCAGCGCGUCUGGAUGGAAGGAGCCACGACCCCAGACGCAGGCUCGAUGAAGCCAUUCGCCUUCCCGGGCCUGCUCUUCACCAUCACCCUGCUGCUCCUGGCCCUGCGCCUCCUCACCCAGCGCACCAGGCGACCUGGUGAACCUCCCCUGAUAAAAGGCUGGCUUCCUUAUCUCGGCAUUACUCUGAAGCUCCAAAAGGACCCGUUAGCUUUCAUAAAGACUCUGCAAAGGAAAUACGGCGACACUUUCACUGUUCUGAUUUCAGGGAAGUAUAUAACGUUUGUUCUGAACCCCUUCCAAUACCAUCUCAUAAGGAAAAACCCCAAGCAAUUCAGCUUUCAGGAGUUCAGCAGACAGUUAUCAUUGAAAGCCUUCUCCAUCAAGAAGCUGAAAACUGAUGAUGACCUAAAUGAAGACAUUCACAGAAGCUACCUGUUUCUACAAGGCAAAGCUUUGGACAGUCUCCUAGAAAGCCUAAUCCAACAACUAAAAGAAAUCAUUGAGCCCCAACUACUAAAAACCACAGAGUGGAAUACAUCAAGACUGUUUCCAUUCAUUAGCUCACUGGUAUUUGAGACCACAUUUACGACUAUAUAUGGAAAACUUCUUACUGGUAACAGGAAGAAAAUUAUCAGUGAGUUAAGAGAUGACUUUCUAAAAUUCGAUGACACAUUUCCAUACUUAAUAUCCGAUAUACCCAUUCAGCUUCUAAGACAUGUGAAAUCUAUGCAGGAGAAACUUAUAAGAUGCCUCAUGUCAGAAAAACUAGAUCAGAUGCAUGGAUGCUCAGAAGUUGUUCAGGAAAGGAAAGAGCUUCUGGAAAAACACUAUGGGCGUGAAGACUUAGAAAUAGGAGCCCAUCAUCUUGGCUUUCUCUGGGCCUCUAUGGCAAACACCAUUCCAGCUGUGUACUGGGCAGUGUAUUAUCUUCUUCGGCACCCAGAAGCUGUGGAAGCGCUGCGUGACGAAAUUGACAGCUUCGUGCAGUCAACAGGUCAAAAGAAAGGGCCUGGACUUUCCAUCCACUUCACCAGAGAACAAUUGGACAGCUUGGUCUGCCUGGACAGCACGGUCCUCGAGGUUCUGCGGCUGUGCUCACACUCCACCAUCGUCCGAAAAGUUGAAGAGGAUAUGAAUUUCAGCUUAGAGACCAGCAACUACUGUCUACGAAAGGGAGACUUUGUGGCUAUCUUUCCUCCCAUCCUGCACAUGGACCCAGAAGUCUUUGAGGCUCCAGAGGAAUUUAGAUUUGAUCGAUUCCUAGAAGAUGGCAAGAAGAAAACAACGUUUCUCAAGGAAGGGAAAAAGCUGAAGUAUUACAUUAUGCCAUUUGGAUUUGGAGCCAGCAAAUGUCCAGGCCGAUAUUUUGCAAUUAUUGAAAUGAAGCUACUAUUAGCUAUACUUUUAACAUAUUUUGAUUUAGAAAUAAUUGACCAGGAGCCUGUAGGACAAAACCACAGUCGUUUGUUGUUCGGUAUUCAGCAACCCGAUUCUGAUGUCUCAUUCAGGUACAAGGCAAAAUCUUGGAAGAGCUGAAAAGAUGGUAGAGAAACUUAUCAGAGUGAGGCUACGUGCGCUGAGCUCUGUGGUUUGUUGUACGCCUGCAAAUGCGACAGCUAUGCUUCUUUCUUUGAAAAUGGCAAAUUUACGUUUGAUCUGAGAUUGACUGAGUUUGUUCUUGGUCACAAAGCCUAUCAUAAGAUAAAGCAAGGCAGUGACCUAAAACCUGUCAGGGCAGUCAUUUCAGGGUAAGUUCGAAGUAACAAUUUCCACUUUGUAAUCACUGUGCUUUUUAUCAUUGGUUGUGAAUGUGCUCUUCCAGUAAUAAACUUGGCCCUGGGUGAUUUUUUUUUUAAGUUACUGAAAUACUCUAAUAGGAUUUUAUGUACUGCUGGAAAAGUGUGUCUUUGGACAGCCAAACAACUUCCAAAUUCUCAGAAGAGAGGAAAAUUAAUUCCCAGGAGUUACACUGUAUGAAAUGUUCCCUUCAAGUGGAAUAUCAAUAAUGUCUGUAUUACCAGCGUACCUUUACAUUAAAUGAGUGUUACAAUAGAUUAAAUGUUCCAACUUCCCUUCAAUAUUUAACUGCCCAUAAAUGAUUUUUAUAACUUGUGUAUUCUACAUUUCAAUAGAACAAAAUUUCUUGUUAUACAAAAACCUUUCAUGUUCAAGUUAAAUACUGCUAAAAUUUCAUAUAUAAGAAAACACAAAACCUAUUAUGUAUUCAGCAAUUGCUCUAGACAUUAGUAUUAGAUUUAUUUUAGAGGGAAAUGUUGAAGUCAUUAUAGCAUUGAUGGUAGUAUUGGUCUUUAGUAUAAACUGUGUUAUUCUAAUUGUAAUGAACUCUUUAAUAAAUGUUCCAAUUUAUAUAAACUGGGAAUUAGGUAUUAUUACUUAUUCACAACCUUUUGGUCUUGGAGAUUAGUUGUAUUAUUUUGGACUAUCACACUAAACUAUACAAAAUAAUUUCAUAUGAUACAAUACAGCCUGUAUCAAUAAUUAAAAGAUUUCUACUAUAAAAUUUCCCAGUGAUUGACAUUUGGCAUAAAUAGAGACACGGAAUGCAAACUCACAGGGCAAAUAAUUAAGCCAGAUUAAUUCAUGCUGCAUUAAUUAGAAAUUCUAAUGCUUUGGAAAUUUUAUAUUGCUGUUAGAAAGGAAAUUGAUUUAAAAUAGCACUCUAAAAUGCUUAUCGUACUAGAUAAAUACAACAAGAUAGCAUUUUUUUUCUCCUUUCUGGAGCAUAUGUUCAUUGAAUGCUCCUUGCAUGAAAGUCUACUGACAUGAAUUCUGGUUUUGCUUGAUUAAAGUGUUCUUUGUUCCCAAUCUCCUUCCUUUUAAAAAUUGCAAAAUGACCAUUUAUACUUAUAUAAGUUCACAGAAUACAAAGUAAGGUUAUGGUUUAUGAAAAUGAUGUGGAAUGAUUAGACCAAUCCAAAUGAUUAAAUCAACCCAGAUACGUAUGCAACUUUUAACACAGCGUGCUCUAUUAUUAACUAUAUUCACAAGGCGAUGUACUAAAACUCUUCCCACCCACCCCCCACUGCAAAAGACUGUAAUUCUCCUGGAUGGGAUGUUUUUACUUUUUGAUCAUUUCUCCUACACUUUCCUAGCCUUCUAUAAUCAUUAUUUCACUCUGUGCUUUGAUAAGUUUGAUUAUUUUGAAUUUCAUAUAUUCUAAUAUUUUUCCUUGCUAUGACAAGAAGAUUGUGACAAGAACAGUUACUUGGGGAGAAAAGAAUUUAUCAGAGGUAACACAUCCAAAUCAUAAUCUAUUGUUGAGGAAAAUCAAGGCCUGAAUUCAAGGCAGGAACCUGAUACAGAGAAAUGCUGCAUACUGGCUUGCUCACUGGUUCAUUCUUAACUAGCUUUUUAUUAACCACACCUACCAGCCCAGGAAAUGGGACUGCCCACAGUAUCUUCACCCUGCUACAUUAAUCAUGAAGGCAAUCUUUCACUGGCAUGGCCAUGGGCAUCUGAUGAAGGCAAUUCUUCAGUUAAGGUUCUCUCUUCCUAGAUACUCUAGAUUGAACCAAGAUGACAUUAAAACUAAUACAUGAGGUAGAGUCCAUAGUAUUUGUCUGUCUCUGGUUGCUUUUACUUCAUAUCCUCUAAAUCUGUCUAUGUUGAAUCAAAUAACAGAAUGUAUUUUUCAAGACCAAGCAAUAUUCCAUCAUGUGUAUAUACCACAUGGUCUUUAUUCAAAUGCUGUCUCUAACCACCCCUACCUCCUCUUUACAAUUUCAUGACACCCUUCAUUCUCUUGGAAACAAAGGACACAUGUGUUGUCCCAUCCCCAGACCGAUCUGACCCUCUUCCUUCUUGAGAGUCUCUCUGGUUGAAUUUUGAGCUACCAACAUCAUGUCACCUUUCAAAUUUUCCAUCUCACGAAUUUUCUUAGUUCAGUGAUUGCAGUUUUUGGUUGGUAACUCAUUGUUCUUCAUGUAUAUUUUCUUCAUGGCCAUAUUUUGCAAAAAUCUUGUUCCUUUAAUGCAUUUCACUAUCCCUGUAACUACAGUCAGCAUGGUUUAUAUUCUGCACCUGGCAUCUCCAGCCCUCUCCUGUUUUAUGUGUCUGAUUUUGUAAUUUCCCCUUCCCAUCAGUGCUUCCAAUAGUUUAACUACUGAGUUCGUAUGUGUUUCUUGGAAUUUUACUUCUGGAAAAUGUUUCUGAUCUGGGUUUAAUGUUCAUUCCUCAAAGUAUAAACUGUGCUGGGUUUUAUCUUAUUGUUCAUGUUUCUGUCAAAUUCAGAUUCCUGGGGAUGCUCAACUAGAAUAUUUUGGAAGCGACAUGGUACAACUGCUGACUGUGAAUCCCAGCCUUAAAGGAAACACUGUGAUUAAGGGCAUUUUGUUUUGAUUGGGGAUUUUGUUGUUGUUUUGCUGUAUGUUUGCUUGCUUACUUAUUUGCUUGUGAGACGUGGCCUCAUUGUAAAGCAAAGUUAUGCCUCACAAAAUUAUGCCUGCCUCUGCCUCCUGAGUGCUGGACUUAAAGGGAAUACUUAAAACCCAUGAUCAGGAAAGGGCAGGAGCCACAUUUGAUUGCUUUUUUUGUUUCAACCAGAAACAGAUUAAGAAUGCAAAUAUGUCUAAUCCUGCACUAUAGAGCAAUGUUUCUAGUCCAGCUACCAAGGAUGUUGGCUCUGAAAAUUACUGACUUUGUGCAGAGGUCUUGGAUUUUAUACACAUACAUGUGCACAUGCACAUACAUGGGUGCUUAUGCCAUGUUAAACCCUAGACUUUAUCUUCUACCUGACACAAAACCCAAUCUGUUCCAUUUGUAUUAGGAUAUGUUGUCUACCUUAACAUCUGAAUGAGAUCCUCCAUAUUGUAAAAUUCAAAAAGCAGUAUACUUUCAGGAUGUUGCAAUAGAGAAAACAAAAAAAAAAUAUUGCAUUCUAACUUCUGCUUAAUAUAUAGUUAAAAGUGUACAUACAAAUUUUAAAGAAAUGAGAAGAAAAUGGCUGAAGAAAUAUUAAUAUUAUAUGGAUAAUUAGAAAGCAGCAAGGAGCAUAACUGCAACUCUAGCUUUUAGGAGACUUGGGUGGGAGGAUCCUAAGUUCUUGGACUAAGUAGUAAAUUCUGUGUUUUACAAAUAUACAAAGAAAACUGAAAGGAGAGAAAAGAAAGGCCAUGGAGGUCUACCUGGCUUGUUAUCAUCAACAAAUGUCAACUUACUUUGAAAACAGAAUUGGAAUGUUUAAAAGAGAUACUUAAACAACUUUUUGUCUUUUAAAAAUUAUUCUUUAAGAAAGAGAGAUAGCACAGCCUUUUAAAACACUGGCUGCUCUUCCAGAGAACUGAGUUUGAUUCUUAGCUCCCAUAGUAGGCAGCUCCUAAGGCCAGCUCUAGGGGAUCCAGCACCCCUUUUUGACCUCUGUGGAUAGCCACACAAUAUGACAUUCAUAUGUACAAACGUAAGCACAUAUACAUAAAGAAAAGUGAAUCCUCGUUUUCUUAUGUUUAUUAGUUCUUUGGGAAUUUUGUACAAUGUGUUUUGAUAAUAUUCCUUACCCUCCCCCAACUUCUCCCAGAUGCAUCUCCAUCUCCCACCUGGUCAACUUUGUGUCCCUAUUUCCCAUCAUGUACAAUUUAUGGUGCCAUAUAUGCUUGGAUGUGUGGCCUUACUGGAGCUUGGUUGAUCCUUCAGUGUCCAGACCCUUAAAGAAAACUCAGUUUCCUCUUCCCAGCAACUUUCAGUUUCCAGUUGCUCCUCAGCUAGGAGUGGGACUUCACUCCCAUCUCCCACAGGCCUUGUACAUACUAUCCCAACCAUCAUUGUUCAUAUCUCCAACUGCACUGGUAUGUUCAGUAAAUACCGUUUUCUAGCCAUCAUCAACUAACCCUGGAUCUCACCAUCUUUCUGACUCUUCUGUAAUCAUCCCUGAGCCUUGGAAGAGGGAAAUAUAAUACAGAUGCACAACUCGGUCUGAACAUAUCACAAUCUUCUAUUCUAUGAACCUUGACCAGUUGGGGUCUCUGCGAUAAUAACAAUCUAUUAGAAAAAUAAAUUUCUCUGAUGAUGCUUGAGAUAUUUAUUAAUCUUUGGGAAGAACAGUAAAAUAGUAAGAGACUGUUUAAUACAUCAUGUUCAUUUAGCAAUAGUAGUAGAUUCUCCCAUGUCAUAUGUCUGUCUCGCCACAAGUUCUUGGCUCCAAUAAUGGUGCCAAGUACGGGUUUCAACUUAUGGACUGGGCCUUAAAUCCAAUCAGAAAGUGAUUGGUUAGUCCCAUGAUGUAUGUGCCACUACUGCACCAGUCAUUAUUGUAGCUCAUCUGGGUAAGAUUGAUGGACGUGCUUUUCCCCCUGGUAACACUCAUCUUCCAGCUCUAUGAAAGCUACCAAUUGGGGAUGAAGUUUCCAGGCCAGGACAGCCUUGCUACAGAACUCCAGUUAGGCAGUGUCUUUAGAAGUGGAGUUUUACCGUCAAACUGUAGAUGGUAUCCAAGAAUAUUGCAAUAAAUGUAAUGUUUAGGGGUCUAUGUGACCUCAAUGACUAGCAAUUUCAAAGGAGGUAACCUAUUCCUGACAUUGGGUGGGGCUUUUUAUUUGUUGUUCUUUGGUGUAUAGUUGGUAUAUUGUUGACUCAUUAUAGGAUAACUCCAUCAAAAUUCAUUUUAUAUAUGUGUGUGCAUAUAUUUUAGAAAGAUCCUACAGUGCUAGGUCAUAUACUUGAUACAUGAAUAUUUUAGAGUUAUUGUUUUCUCCUUCAUUUAUUUGACAAAAUAUUUAAUGAGCAUUUUCACUAGCUAGAUAUGCAUUGGGUUAAGGUUUCCCUUCAUGAAUAUCCACUUCACUCGCGAAAACAACGUAUAAAUAACUUACCUGUUGCUAGUUUAGUUAUAAAUAACAAAUUUCAUUUUAAAAUUAUUUUAAUACCUUAUUUAGAAUACCUUCUAAAUAGCCUUUUUCCUGCAACUAUUAGAAAGCAGUGUUCCAUUAUAAAUUAUCAUAUACAAAUUACACAAGCUAUAUAGAAGGACUAGGGAGUCACUGAGAUGGUUCAGUGUGUGAUUCUGCCUGCUCUCAAGUCUGAUGACAUGAGUUUCAUCCUUGGGACAUCACAUGGAAGAAAGAGAGAACUGACUCCUACA